AAGAAGAGUUGUUGUUGUUUCUGCUUUGCUUUAUAUAAAAGUUACGCGUCCUUUUUUUCCGGUCCGCUGAAAUUUUUUCUAGGUUAUCUCUCUUUUCUCUCUCUACUCAUUCUAAUGAAACAAACUUUGACCUUAUAUCCCUCUUUUCACUUUUGGGGUUCAGUUUCCGCCUUUUCAGAUUAUUUAUCUUAUAUUAUAGAUUCAAUUGGAUACCCUGCUACGAUUUUACAGAUUGGUCAAUUUAGUUGUGCUAUUUUCUAACCAGCUGUAUCAUCAAUCAGAUAAGUUAUUAGGGUUUCUUUGAUUUUGUUGAUUCAAGUUAUCAAGUAUCGAUUGGGAGGAUGAAGUUUGGAGAUACGUUUAAUGAAUAUUUACGUGGUGAACAAGAGUGUUUUCUAGAGAAAUGCAGUCAUGUUGAAUAUAAACAGCUCAAAAAAGUUUUAAAGAGCUGUCGAAAAUGCAGAGCUACUAGUGCUUCUACAUGUGUUGAAGAGGAUGAUCAUAAUAAUACUAAUAAUGAUGGUGGUGGAUCUUCGGAGCUCUGCAUGUACGAAUCUUGUUCAUUGUGUGACCAGAAAUUUUUCUCUGAGUUGAUGAAAGAAGCAUCAGAGAUAGCUGGUUGUUUCAGCUCAAGAGUGAGACGCCUCCUCAAUCUUCAUGUUUCCACUGGAAUGCAGAGAUAUGUGUUGCGUAUUCGUCAUUGUUUCACUAAUGAUCAACAAAUAAUGAUUCAACAAGGUCGAAUGUUGAUUGAUUAUGUUACUAUGAAUGCAAUUGCGAUACGGAAAAUUCUUAAGAAAUAUGACAAGGUACACUCCUCUGUAAAUGGCAGAAACUUCAAAUCCAAGUUGAGGGCCGAGCACAUUGAGCUCCUUCAAUCUCCUUGGCUAAUAGAGUUGGGUGCCUUCUAUAUAAAUUUCAACGGUUCUAAUGGAGUUUCAGGAGAGUUUGUCGAUCAAUUCUCUUGUGAUCUUGAGUCGGAUCAGCCUUUAAUGACAUUGAUCGUUUCGGAUUCUGUGAAGCUGGAGUAUAGCCUGACUUGCGCUGUUUGCUUGGAGAUUGCUUUUAAUCCUUAUGCUUUGAGCUGCGGCCAUAUUUUCUGCAAAUCGUGUGCUUGUUCUGCAGCUUCUGUGAUGAUAUUCCAAGGCCUUAAGGCUGCUGAACCAAAAUGCAAGUGCCCUGUAUGUAGAGAGGUUGGAGUAUAUGCUAAUCCAAUUCACAUGAUUGAGCUAGAUCUGCUCUUGAAGAACAGGCGUAAGGAUUAUUGGAAAGAGCGGAUGCUUGAGGAACGGUCCGAGAUGGUCAAACAAUCUAAAGAAUACUGGGAUUCACAGACCAAAUAUGUCAUUGGAUACUGACAGCUUAAUAGCUCUUCUCUUGUUCAGGGGAAGGAAAAAAAUGAAAGAAAAAAAAAAGGAAAAAAAAAAAAGAAGAGAAAUUUGCUCUUUAUCUAGUUCUAGAACAUGUUGAAGAAUUUUUUAGGAAUAAUUGCAGUGUGGGAUUCUAGGCAUGUAUUCAUUGGUGGGUGAAGAAUCGGGGAUUGAACUUCCUUUAUAUGAACUGUACAUACUUUCUUGUUAGAAAGUCGCUUCUGUUGCAAGACGUUUUCUGAAGUUGAGAUUUAUGGUGUUUUGUUCUUUACUUUUUAUUGUUUAGUAACUAAUUGCUCUCUCUUGUAGGAAAUGUUGGGUUUUUAUUUCGGGAGUUUCUUGGUAGUGGUACUGGCUAAGUCACCUUUUCAGUUUGUUUAUUUUUUCCAA